ACAGGUUUGCCCGAGCCCAGCUUUUAGUACUUCCCAAAACGCUGCCUUGGUGACGUGUGAAGAGGGAACAAACGGGCCGCUUGCUGGGGAGUAGAGGAUCCCUUAUACGCGGGGGAUGAUAAAGAGUACUCGACGCGGUCUCGGCAUCAAUCAGCGUCCUUCUUUCCUGCUUGUCGUCCUUCGUUGCAUAACUUGGUCUCUAGGCAGCGCGCACGGGCCCAUCCCUGCCUCCUCCUUCACCCCUUCCUUGGGCUGUCCUGGGAGUCUCGCACGUUCCGACCCCCUCCGUGGCGCCCUCGGAGGCGCUUUACCUUCUCCGUGUCGGCCGUUUUUUGGUUGGAGUAAAGCAAGCGCAGCC